UUUUAUAGACAUAAUAUACUAAGGUUUCCCACAAAUAAUGAGCGUAAAACCUUACAAAUUGCUUAUAGUCGGUGCGGGGCUGACGGCUGCUGUUACAAGUGCUUUGAUAAAACAAUGUCUUCCUGGUAGAAAUAUUGAAAUUCACGUCUGGGAGAAAUCUCGAGGAAUUGGUGGUAGAAUGAAUAGUCAUAGAUCAUCAUCUGGUGGCAGGGUAGAUCUUGGUGCUCAAUACAUUACUAGAAGCUCUCAGUAUGCAGAAAAGCACAAGAGAUUUUUUGAUGAUUUAAUACGAAACGACGUUCUGAAACCUCUUCCUGGAAUGAUAGAAGGUGCAACGAUUGAACAGAACAAUGAAGACUUCAUGGCUCCAAAUGGAAUAAACAGCGUUGUAAAAUAUUUCUUCAGUUCCUCGGAUGCGAAAAUAAAGCUAAACACAUUUUGUCGAGAAAUCAACCUGACAUGUCAAAAUAAAGAAACUUCAAAGCACGUCUGGACAGUCACAACAAAAGACGGGAACUCUGAAGAGUUUAAUGGUGUCAUAUUAACCAUUCCUGUUCCACAAAUCUUACAACUCAAUGGAACCUUCCAAGAUGUUCUCAAAAAUUACCAAAGCGAGCUUCAACAAGUCGAGUAUUCCUCUCGCUACGCCUUGGCGCUGUUUUUCCCCGAGGAUACGAAGUUGAAUGUUUCCUGGAUCGCGAAAUAUGUCAAAGAUAAUCCUUGCAUUCGCUUCGUCUCUUUGGACUCUGUGAAGAGAGGAUUUGAUAGUUCAACAUCUGGUUUAUCUAUUUUGAUUCACACAAGCGUCCCGUUUGGAUUGGCAAAUUUAGAAUCGGACAUUGGUGAAGUUGAGAAUAUCAUUUAUCAACAUUUCCAAGAACUGUUUCCCAGUCUUCCUCCCCCAACAUCCACCCGUUGCAUCCGCUGGCGCUACUCACAGGUGUACAAGUCAUAUCCAGGGCAACCAGGAGCGCUUGACGUCAGCACGAAACCGUUGCUUGUGUUGGCAGGAGAUUGCUUUGUCCAUUCAAACUUCAGUGGAUGUGUGGAGUCUGCAAAUGCCGUCCUAAAAAUUCUUCAAAAAGAGUUGAAAAGUAGUAAUACUUGUCAGAGUAGUAAUAUUUGACAAAAAGGAUAAGUUAAAAGAAUGAAUUUUCAAAGAAGAUUCUUUAAAACAUAUACGAUGUUUACCUGGUUUGAAAAUACUUCCCCGAAAAGACAAGUUCUUGAUGAUUGAAAAAAGUCUUUAAUAAAGACUGCUUAAUCCGGCCGAAAAAGAUAUUGCAAAAUAAUGGUAAAACAUGAAAUA